AAGGUAACUUGUCUUGUUUUCUUUGUGCAGCAUUGAGACAUUCCAGCUGCCAAACAACUGCGGAUGGUGCGGUCACAUCAAGGCUACAACACCUGCUGUAACUCCUGUGCCUAUAAGACAGAUAAACAUGAUCUGAAGGACACACCACAUUCUAUACAGGCCAGCGUCCUAUUGAACGCCAUUUGUGUCCUUGGAGCUUCUGGCAAACGUUCAAGCUGAAGAAGCACCUGCAACCCACACAGACGAGAGGCGAGUGCCCUUUAUGCCCUCAGAGCUUCUAAAAAGGUUAAUCUGAAGCAACACUCGCAAAUCUACACAGGCGAGAUGCCAUUUCAGUGUCCGUUAUGCCCGUGGAGCUUCUCAAGAACGUCCACACUGAAAAAUCAUAUGGUCACCCACACAGAUGAGAGGCCAUUUCAAUGCCCUUCAUGCCCUCAGAGCUUCUCACGAAAGAGUUCUCUGAAACGACACCUGGACACCCACACAGGCGAGAGGCCAUUUCAGUGCCCUUCAUGCCCUCAGAGCUUCUCAGUUAAGUCUACCCUGAAGAAUCAUGUGCGCAUCCACACAGGCGAGAGGCCAUUUCAAUGCCCUGCAUGUCCUCAGAGCUUCUCAGAUAGGUCCACACUGACAAAUCACAUGCGCACCCACACAGGCGAGAGGCCGUUUCAGUGCCCCUCAUGCCCUCAAAGCUUCUCACAGAAGUCUACUCUGAAGAAACAUGUGCUCAUCCACACAGGUGAGAAGCGAUUUCAGUGCCCUGCAUGUCCUCAGAGCUUCUUGGCCAAGUUCACACUAAGAAGGCACGUGCACACCCACACAGGCGAGAGGCCGUUUCAGUGCCCUUCAUGCCCUCAAAGCUUCUCACACGAGACUACAUUGAAGAAUCAUGUGCGCACCCACACAGGCAAGAGGCCAUUUCAGUGUGCUUUGUGCCCUCAGAGUUUCUCAGACAAGUCUACAUUGAAGAGUCAUGUGCGCAUCCACACAGGCGAGAGGCAAUUUCAGUGCCCUUCAUGCCCUCGGAGCUUCUAACGCAAGUCCACACUGAAGAAUCACCAGCGCAUCCUCACAUGCAAGGGGUGAUUUCAUUGCCCUGCAUGCUGACAAAGCUUCUCCCGAAAGAGUAUUUUGAACCGACACCUGCGCACCCACACAGAAGAUAAACCACUUCAUUGCCCUUCACGCCCUCGAAGCUUCUCGAAAAAGUCUGCACUAAAGGCUCACCUGCGCAUCCACUAAUGUGAGAGGCUGUUUCGGUGGUUUUCGUACUUUCAAAAAGCUCGCUAAUGUUCAUGUCGCCAAGCCAGUGCACACGAGAGAUCGUUGAAGCAGGAAAAAUUCAGUGUGCACAGUGUUCAUGUGUAAAGGUCGCGUCAGUGCACCUUUGCCAAAAAACAGUUGUGACUUUCCCAUGUACACUUGCUGCAGAGUAGUGCUGAGUUGUGAGACUUCUCAUUAUUUCUUCGUUUUCAUGUUUUUCUUA